AUUCGCCUAUUUACCGUUGUUUGUCGAUCGAUCGCGAUGCGUGCCGCCGUCUCCUGUCAAACAUUCGUUUGAACGGUAGUUUCGCCGCGUUUCCCCCCCCGAGCAUCGACGCGGUAUCGUGCGAUCUCGACAAAUUAUUCGGUAGUUAUCGCCCUCCCCAUCAUGGACGACACCAGACUGUACAAGUACUAUCGAACGUCCGGAUACGGUUUGAAUUCGCUGAUAUACCGAUUUCUCAUCGCCGAUUAUAAUCUUCGACGGUUCUUCAAUUUAAGUGCUCAUUGCGGAACGGUGACUUUUGUUACGCUCAUCUUCGUAGUAAUUAUGGCUGUCUGUUCGAUAGCAAGUUUAAAUAUGGUGACGUUGAACGAUACACUGUUUCGUGAAUUGUUCGAGAAAGCGGAGGAGAAAUUACCGCGAAUGGAAAGCGUCGUUAGCGUCAUACCUCCGUACAAAUGUAUUCACAAGCACUUACAGCGGAUGAGCGUGUUUCAAGAGAAAACAAAGAAAAUGCUAUGCAAGGAGCAACUGGAACUGGAAAUAAUGAACAGCAAAAUGUCGUGCAUCGAGAAGCUAUUGAAGCCCGAGGAACAAUCCGAGUGGCGUCGUAGCAGAUCACCAAAGGUGUACCAUCGCCCUAUCAACGUGGAAGCGUCGAAGUAAAUAGGCAUGGAAAAAGAAGACACGUACAUAAUAUAAAAUCUGAAAUGAAACUUUAUUCGCAAUUUUAUAAUUAAUGAUGUUUUCAUUACUGAUGUGCAACUGAUAUAAACGUAAUAACUUUUGUCUCUCACAUAGAUAAACAAGUAAUAUAAAUCUCUUAUAUCUCUGGCAUUCAGUGAACCAAUAACACACAUUUGCAUAUA